AUGGCUGAGCAAAAGCACCGUCAUAUUGCUGAAACAGGGCUCACUCUUCUUCAUCAAAGUUCUGUUCCGACGACAUAUUGGACCUAUGCCUUUGCUACUGUUGUGUAUCUGAUCAAUCGCAUGCCAAUUCCAAUUCUCGACCAUGCCUCGCCCUAUGCAACUCUGUUUCAGCAAUCGCUAAACUACCUGAAGCUCGGUAUCUUCGGUAGUCUUUUCUUCCCCUGGCUCCGACCGUAUGCAGCUCACAAGCUCGACAACCGCUCAUUACCGUGUGUGUUUCUGGGAUACUCACUCACUCAGUGUGCGUAUCUAUGUCUUGAUGUCGCCACUGGAAGGAUCUAUACUUCCAGACAUGUUCAAUUCGUGGAAGAUGUGUUCCCGUUUGCUGUCAAAUAUGUUCUCAAAUCCGAUGCUGUUCAAACAGAACCACCACCGCUCUUUCUUCCGCCGACCCCAAUUCCGAUGACCCAAGUGCCACUCAUAUCGACUCCCUCUCUGUCUGCCGCGCCUCCGGAAAUUGGUCCUCACCUCGAUUCACCGGUUACGGCAGAAUCGCCAUCUUUGUCGCUUGCGACAGAGAAUAGAUGUUCAGAAACUAAUUCCAUGGGCUCUGAAAGUGUUGCACAUGCCCAUGAACAGGUAAAUUCCCUAAAAUCAAACCACGGCCCACACCAAAGCCCAAACCAACCUAAUGUCUCAAACAGCCCAAACUCUGAUUCAUCUUCCUCCUCGUCCCAAACUGAAACUCCGUCAUCGCUUCCCUCACCGACAUCUUCUUCUACAGCCACACCACCUCCAUCCCCACCACAAAAUGUCCACCAUAUGACAACCCGUGCCAAGAACAACAACACCAAACCAACCAAUCGCCUUACCCUUGCUGCUAUAACCACCAAAAAUCGACCCUUGAUACAAAACACUGUAAAUCAGGCUAUGCAAAAUGAGAAAUGGAGGAACGCCAUGGGUGCAGAGUACAAUGCUCAAUUACGGAACCAUACUUUUAGUCUGGUUCCUCCCUCACCUGAUCAAAAUUUCGUUGACACCAAAUGGAUUUACACGCUAAAGUAUCUCCCCAGUGGUCUUCUUGACAGGUACUUUGUCCGAGGAAGUCUAUGUUCAUCAGCCGCCUGGGUUAUUGACCAAGAUCGACCGCAUCAUGUUUGUCGCCUCCAAAAAGCUCUCUACGGUCUCAAGCAGACUCCAUGGGCCUGGUACCAAGAGUUGAAAAGCUUUCUCUGUGCCAAGGGGUUUGUUAAUUCUCUCGCUGACAUCUCUGUUUUUGUUCACAUCAACGGACAAGAGGUUUAUAAAUCGCUUGUCCCAAUUCAUGCAUCGGCCACCCGCCUUCUGGCCGGGCGAAUCGAAGUUCUCUUCCGGCCAACUGUCCACAAAGACCUGCAUUGGCAAGCGGCCAAACAUGUCUUACGGUAUCUCGCAGGUACCGCAUCUCAUUGCAUCUUUCUAUGCAGAGAUUCUCCGAUACAGUUUCAUGCCUUCUCCGACGCAGACUGGGCCGGCGAUACCGACGAAUUUGUCUCCACUAAUGCAUACAUCUUGUAUCCUGGCUCCACACCUAUCGCGUGGUCAUCCAAAAAGCAAAAAGGUGUUGCUCAGAGCUCUACCGAAGCAGAGUACAGAUCCGUGGCUAACACAGCAGCAGAGCCUACAUUCUAUAAAAGAUUUCUUCAGGCGACCAAAACCUUUGGGCCGGCUGUGCGUGAGAGUCACGACAUCGUGUCCUAUGUUGUAGACGGCUUUAGGAGAAGAAGUGUCGCAGAACUCGUAUUCCAAAGAUCCAGAGACUUGAGUGACGUCGUUCAUGUUGUGAUCGUACGCGAAGACCAGAGAAUCUCCCACGUGGAAUUUCUUACGCUUAGCCCUAUCGUAAUAGACGUCGUCCUUUGCUGUCCAUCCAUCGGAGUCUCCAACUUUCUAGAUCGUCACGGAGCUGCAGCCAAAGAGAACCGUCAAUCUGUCAUCAUCACCGUCAUCAGCCAAAUAGCAGCAUCGAAGGAAACCUUAAAAAUUGUGCAUGAUAUUGAUCAUCAAAAACAUUUGGUAACUCUUUUGCUCUGA